AUGGCCGACAACCAGGCCCCAAACCCAGUCUCUUCCAGCCAGGGUCGCGGCGGGCGUCGUCGCGGCCGCGGAGGGGCAGCUCCCUCCGGCCGUGCAGAUUCGCAACACAAUACCGGCGACGGAGAAAAACGCCCUAAGCCUCGCACACGCGGCGGUGGUCGUGGAGGCGGCGGCGAUGCAGGCCGACAAACUCGGAAUACCGAUCAGACCAACAAUCCCGAUACUCAGCGUUCGAAAGCCACGACGCCAGCAACAACGAAACCGGUAGAAGCGGCCACGGACGAUGCAGAUGAUGGAGAAGUCUGCUUUAUCUGCGCUUCUGCCGUUGAACAUACGUCGGUCUCCCCCUGUAACCAUAGGACGUGUCACAUUUGUGCGCUUCGGUUGCGGGCACUGUACAAGAACAAGGCUUGUGCUCAUUGCAGGACUGAAUCGAACUACGUCAUCUUCACGGAUGAUCCAGUGCGGCGAUAUGAGGAGUUCAACAAGAAAGACUUUGCUCGGACGGACGAAAAUCUUGGUAUCGAAUAUGAAAGCGACGAAAUCUUCGGAGACACAGUGCUCUUGCUGCGAUACAACUGUCCAGACGAGGACUGCGAUGUGGCCUGUUUGGGGUGGCCAGACUUGCAUCGCCAUGUAAAGAGCAAGCACAACAAAGUUAUGUGUGACCUUUGUACUCGUAACAAGAAGGUCUUUACCCACGAGCAUGAACUGUUCACCAUGGCGGAAUUGCGUAAGCACGAAAGGUCCGGCGAUGACAAGCCUGGAGCUAUAGACCAGAGCGGCUUCAAGGGACACCCCGAAUGUGGUUUCUGCCGUCAACGGUUCUAUGGUGACGACGAGCUGUACACCCACUGUCGCGAUAAACACGAACGUUGCCAUAUCUGUGACCGACGCUCCUCCCACCGCCAACAACAAUACUAUAUUGACUACAACGCAUUGGAGAAUCACUUCCAUAAGGAUCAUUUCGCUUGCCUGGAUAAAGAAUGCUUGGAAAAAAAGUUCGUCGUCUUCGAGUCGCAAAUGGACUUGAAGGCUCACCAAAUCGAGGCACAUCCCGAAGGCCUUUCUAAAGACAUUCGGCGAGAUGCGAGAAUGGUUGAUCUGGCAGAAUUCGAUAACAUGCGCACUCCUUACCAACAGCAACGCCAGCGUCGCGGUGCCGGUCGAGGCCGUGACCCAAACGCCGAGCCAUUGCCCGUCUCCAGUGCACAGCCAAUGACCCGUGCGGAAGUUGCAUACCAGCGACAAAUGGCUAUACAGAGUUCUCAGUCUGUCUCGACACGAAACUUUGGCGGCCAGCUGACUCGAGAUGACGUCCAACCCGUGCGUGCUCCAGAGCGAUCCGCCGCUGCCACUCCAGUGCAGUCUGCCCCCGCAUCACGCUCUCAGCCUCUUCCUACUGCAGCAUUUGAAGGCAUGAACAUUUCUGCCAAUUCCGUGCCAGCUACCCCACAAGACCAUGCCCGUCGAAUGCGUCAUGAGGCUGUGAUUGAACGUGCUUCGAACCUCCUCCGCAAUGAUGCCACCAGACUCGCCGAAUUCCGUAGUAGAGUAUCAAGUUACCGCGCUUCUUCCAUCUCGGCAACAGAGCUCAUCGAUGCCUUCUUCUCGUUAUUUGACACAUCCAGCACCGAGCUGGGCAAGCUUAUCAAGGAGCUCGCUGAUAUCUACGAGGACGAGUCCAGACGCUCCGGUCUCUUGCAAGCCUGGAAUGACUGGCGUGCCAUCAACGAGGAUUACCCAGCCCUUCCUGCCGGUGGUCUCUUACCUGGCAUGUCAACAGGCGCCGUCAACACUGGCGGCAAUCGCGUCCUGCGGUUGAAAUCAUCAACUGCUAAAUCCUCCCGCUCUGCCGUGGGCAGAAGCGGCGCCCUCCCAAACGCCCCUUCCAACCCUUUCCCUCCCCUCUCUGCCGCAGCUGGCCCCUCCUCUCGCCGUGGAAAAGCUACCGCUGCUGCUACCCCUUGGGCAGCAGCAGCCCCGUCGCCAUCUUUCUCCCGUCCUGCAAUGCCUAGCCCGGUCAGCCGCCCACCACCUGCAGCACCGUCUUCCAGUCGUACGCCCGGCGCCCCAGCCUCCAGCGGCGCUGAUUUAUUCCCCGCUCUCCCCGCGGCGCCCAAACCCAAUGUUCUCAUGGCUGGCAAGACUCGUGGCACCGUCCGUUGGAAUGAUAACCGCGGCCCUGCCCCAAACGCAUGGGGUUCAGCCCCGAGUUCCGGAACCGCCUCUCCAGCUGAACCCAGCAAUGACGACUCAAGUAGUGGCAAAAAGGGAAAGAAGAACAAGGGAAAGCAAACCCUGUUCCACUUUGGCUAA